AUGCUUGCCUCGGGGGAGGUGAACGACGUGACAACGGUCAAAGACGGUGAAGAGGCGUUCGACACAGUCAAUGCUCGCUUGGAUCAGGGCUCCGUGUUUGAUCUGAUCUUCAUGGACAUCCAGAUACCCAAUCUGAACGGCUUACAGAGAACCCGACCGAUUCGCGAGAUGGGGGUAAAUUGCAACAGCCCAGGACAUACUGCCGAGCCCGUAGAGGUUCCUGGUUCGAAGGACAUUUCUAAUGAAGAGGGAAAGAGGUUAGUUUGUAUAGAGCGGUUGAAAGGCAUAAUUCAGAACAAAUAUAUUGAGUAUAUCUGUAGCCGCGAGUACCGUAUCUAUCCGUCAAUAUGUUGUUUUCUAAAACAUGCCAGGAAAUUUAUGCAGUUCGAAGCCAGAGACAAAAGGGCACAUAACAGAAAUAAAAGAAACAUACGGAAGGAAAAGAUAGAAGACAUGAACGAUACCCAGCUGGGCGAAAUGAAGAGAUCAGACCAUGUAUAA